AUGGCUACUUCCAAAAACCCAGAGCGUAUUGCUGAACUUCAUCAAAGCGAGAUACCAGUACCGUGGUGUGAUGAGUUUGAAAAGAUGAUCAGCGGCAUGAUCUUCACCACGAAUAACUCCCAAGAGCUUAUGGAUUAUAAAUUGAUAGCGAUGAAACGACUACGCUCCUUCAAUGACGAUAGCAUUCCCGAUGGCAGUACGCUUGCAUCGUUGAAAGCAAGACGAAUGGCAGUAGCAAAAGAAAUGCUUGGUCAAAUGGGUCAAGGUGUCACUAUCGAACUUCCAUUCUUUCAUACCUGGGGCUGUAACAUAUUCAUUGGAAACAGAGUGUACAUCAAUCGAGAGGUAUCCAUAUACGACAAUGCUCUCGUGACUAUCGCAGAUGGUGUACUGAUCGGACCUGGCGUGUGUAUCUGCACAGCAACCCAUCCUGCAGAUAUGUACAGCAGAAGGGAGGCUUGCGGCACAUCGUUUGCCUUGCCUAUCCGUCUUGAAGCAGAGUGCUGGAUAGGUGCUCGAGCAACGAUCCUUCCGGGGGUAACAAUCGGGAAAGGCGCAAUGGUAGCGGCUGGAGCUGUCGUUGGUAAAGAUGUUGCGCCAGAAACUCUUGUUGGAGGCGUCCCUGCACGGUUUAUCCGGAGUUUGAAGGAUGCUGAAGUUGAAUGA